UUCCCAUCCUGGCCAACCGCCUGUACCAGUGGGUUGGGUCCCCAUCGGAGAAAGAGGCUCACCUUCAGUGUUGGCCAGUUGCUGGAGCUGGAACGGGUAUUUGCAGCUAGGCUCUAUGCUGACAUCAGCACCCGUGAGCACCUGGCUCAGGUAACUCACCUGCUUGAAGCCAAGAUCCAGGCGAGCCAUGAUAACCAACUUCUGGGCUUGGCACACAGCCUCUUCUCUCUGGCAAUCCUGAGCUCUGGUUUCUGUCCCAGAUACCUUCAUCUUCCCUAUCAGGUGUGGUUCCAGAAGCGCCGAGCCAAGAGAAUCAAGAACAGAAAGCGAGGAGCCCUAGACCUCAGGCUGGAGUUUUCCCCAAACUCUGGUUCUUUUCCAGACACUCCCCAGCAGCCUUGAGCUGGAACACCAGGCCAGCCUCUACACCCCACCAGUUCAGCCCAGCGCCCACAGAUCUCCUGUGUAGCUCCCAGCUUGAGACUAGGGCAGAGCUGGACAGGGGCUAAAGCUACAGCCCCAUGGGGGCCAAGUGCAGCUUCUGGGCUUCACUCUUCUUCAGAGCAAACUGCUCCUCAGACUUCACUGGGAAGCCUGUCUGACCUGAUCUAUACCUCAGCCAUCGUCCCCAACGAGAUCAUUCCUGAUUUAGGUAUAGUACUUGUAAGACUUUUGGCUUUGGCUUGUAUCCCACUCCAUCUCUCAGGAGGCGGCAGGGAGGGAACCCCUGCCUCUCUCUGCACAGGGAGUGCUCUCUAAAGAGUUUAGCUCAGAAACCCCAUGCCCAGCCUCCACCAGCCUAGCUGAAGAUCCUGUGUAGUGACUGGAGCCUCGCUCCUAUAACCUGGCACCCCUGUCCUUUUGGGGGCAUAUUCUCAUCAGAAGGUACUGUUAGGGUAAGGAACCAUGUUUUCCACCCAAGGGCCAGGCUUGGGUCCCCAACUCCUAUUAUCUUAGCUGAUGAUCUUUUUUUUUCCUCUAAAGAGGCAGCCACAGUCUAAGAGGGCCCUUGAGGACCUCACCUAUGUGCCAGGAGGGAACGGCUCCUAAACUGGACUGCUGGAAGACCCACCCUUUUGUGGUUUAGGGCCCCACUGCCUGACUUCCUGCCACCUAGACAAAAUUAACCAGAAAUGUGGACUUGAAGAGUGAUAUUAACGUUUCAGAAAUAGAAGCCUGGGUCUUUGGUUGAUUGAAUUUCCCCAAAGAUCAGAUUGGCUGCCCUCUGAUAUAAGCUGGGGGACAACCUGACAGAUUUGGGGUGGGGGUGUGGUAGUCUUGGGUUUUGAUAUCACUGUCAU